AAGCAAACUCGCGGUCGCCGCAUCGUUUGACGCAAGCAGUGCUGGUUUGAGAGAGCGACUACUGUAACUUCUUGGAUUCAGAGGCGUUUCUCGCAGGAACGCCUUGGAGCAGAGCAGCUGUACAGCCAUAGCACAAGCUGCCACCCGCGCGCACGCCGCAGCGAUCGCAAGAAGACAAGAUGAGCGCCAUGAUGCAGGCCUCGGCCAACCCGGCACCUCGAAGCCCGAAACCGAACCGCCGCAUCACGGCGACGCAGGUGCACGGUGCUUUGGUGAUGGUCGCCGAGGGCCGUGGCAGUAUCAGAUCCAAGUCCGAACAAAAGGUCACGGAGUGGGAGGUCGGGCCGUCGCCGGGCUAUGUCCAAGCGUUGGUCGAGGUCGCGCAAGCGAGAGCCGAGGGCGAGGCGGCCACCGGUGCUAGAUUAUUAGCCGCGAUCUGCCUCAAAAACGUGAUAGGCAGGCGCUGGCGACCUAGAAGAGGCAACGCCGUCGACGAACGGGAAAAGGACCUUGUCCGAAGGUGGCUGCUCGACGACGCCGGCGAGGAAACUGAUGAGCGCGUCUUCGCGCAGCUCGAACUGUGUGCUCGUCGAUGCGCCAAAAACGACUGGCCCGCGACCUGGCGGGACGCGCCUUCUGUGUACUUAACAAGCUACUCGCGUGGGAGUGGAAGGGCGUUGCGGCUCUUCGGCGCCGUGGUCAAGGAGCUGGCGCGCAAAGGUUUACCCAGAGACAGAAGAGUGCUCAGGGAGGACGCGGCGCUAUUAUUACCGGACGUCGCCGCGGCGUUAAGGCAAGCGUCGUCUUCGUCAGAUAUUGACGCCAUACGCAUCCUCGCCAAGGCCGCGACGCGUUUGCUCAAUCACGCCGACGCGGCAGCUACAACGGUCUACGAUUGUUUUCUCGCGUUGGACCGGAGGGCCAUCACGGAGUUCACGGACGCAGCUCCGAGGCAACGACGUAAAUUGCAAACAGUGGUCGUGCCUCUCAGUGCGUGGCGGCGCAAUUCUGAAUUUGCGCGGGCUUAUGGGGCGCCGUUCCUGCAAAGAGCUGUUGCAGCUUUAGAUGAGCCGGGCCUGACGCCUGCCGGUGCUGUGGCUCGCUUAGAAUUGUGUGGAGACGCCUUAGGGAGGGCGGCCGACGGCGAUUCAGACUUGAUUGCCUUCGCGCGGUCGCACGGUCCGAAAUUGGCACAGUACUGUCUCAAUGAAGCUUUGCCUUUGCAACCGUCGGAGCUCAAUGAGCACUUAAAUGACCCGGAGGACUACGCCCUCCACGCGGACGACGGCUGGGAGGUAGAAGCCGCUUACGACGACGACAUCUACGAAGAGGAAGCGUACGACGCCGAUUCGACGGACGCGCCAGACGGUUGUAGGGCGGUGCGCGCGGCGGCCGAGCGGUGCCUGCUAUCCUUAUUGGCCGUGGACCGGACGGGCGACUCUGCUCUAUCUCGCAUGCUUGUCGAGAGAGCCUUCGGCGACGACCGGCGCGCGGCCGUCGAGCAGGCCGUCGGGGCGUUAGCGACGUUGUCGAGCGACACUGUCCAGCAGUGUAGAGCUUUCUUCGCCGAGGCCGACGCUUCGUUACGAGCCGUCGGCACGUCGGCCGCGUCUUUGACAGAUGCGCUGCCCGGCGUCGACCAAGCUGUUGGUUCCUUGUUCGCGAGCUACUUUCCCUCGUUACUGAUCAAGCUACGAAGCGUAUCCACUUCUGAUAUCUGCGUCAACGCCUACCGGCGGCGCCUGUACUGGCUGAGCCGCUGCUGGGCCCUGGCGAUCGAAGCCAACGGCGCCGCUUUACAAGCUUUGGCUGACGUUUGUGUCGAAGAUAUAAAUGACGGGGACGCGGCCGUCGCCACCGCGGCCCUAGACGUCGUACGCCGCUUCGCGGCGCGCUUCCCGCCCAGUUCAUCGCUCCUCGAUGCGGCGCUACAGCGCGCCUCGACGUUCCUCGAGUCGUCGGACGACCUCGCCGAGGCGGCCCUGCGCGCCGCGGCGGAGGCUUGUGUAGCAGCGUCGAAGACGCCGGAGCACGCGUCAAUAGCCGCGGACCGCGUGCGAGCCGUCGCGUCCCUCGGGGAGCGCAUUGUCAACGACGGCAAUGCCCCUUCGUUGAUCGACGCCUGCGCCGACUGCUGCCGGGCGGCGCUCAUUGCUGCGCGCAACGCGCCGUCGUCGUCGCAAGCCUCCGUCACGGCUUGUGCCUUCGUGGCGUUACUGCUCGACGAUUCGAGGGACGUGGAGCUGUGCGCCGCGCCGGCGGCCGCAAGGCUCUGGCUCGACGCAUUGAGGACGCUACCCUUGGACGACCACGACGCCUGCGUCCAGGCCUGCCGCCAACCGGCGCAGGCCCUCGAGAAGCUCUGCGCGCCGCCGCGCGAUUUAGCCUUAGCCAUGGACGUCGCGCAAGUCGCCCAUUGCCUCGCGAUCCUGGGGUCGGAACGCUGCGGCGUCGAAGCCAUUACCUGCGCCGCGCGCGCGUGCAGCGCUUUAGCUGGGGAAGUGAGCUGGCGGGCGUCGGGCCACGUGGACAAGGCGUUGGAGGCUUUGUUGUUAGUGGCGCCCGACGUCGCUUCUACAGCUUUGUCAACCAGGACCCCAACAACACUCCGAAGCCCCAUCUCGGGAGAUGUCAUCCCUGGUUCCACCAGUUUGGGCGACGGCGCUCUGCAAAGACUGGCCGACGACGCCCUGGACGACAGCACGGCCGAGAGCGUGCGGGCCCAACACUACGCCGUCCUGACGCGGUGCUGCGCCCACUCUCCUCAGGAAUUUGCGCAAGCCCUGGGCGAGGACCGGGCCCUGGGCGUCUAUAGAGCCUGGCUCGCGCGCAAGCACGUCCGGGGCGACUCGCAAAACUUCGACGACGGCGAGGCUCGGAAAGGCGCCGACGUCGACGGAACGAGCGGCGACGUCCUCGCGGCGCGCGCGGCCACGGGCGCCCUCGCGUGUUUGCGCUUGGCCGCGUGCGGCGACGGCCAGGCCUUGUUGGCGGACCUGGACGGGGCUUUAACCUUGGUGAACGAGGCCGUGCGCCGCGGGCCCGGCGCGUCGCUGCGCCGGAGCCCGCGCGUCGCCGACCGCGCCACGCUGGAGACGCCCGUCGACGCCGACGACGCGAACAUAGAGCUCCCGCUCGACGCUUUAUGCGCCUGGCGCGCCGAGCACGACUGGGCGCGCACGGACCUGGUGGCGCUCGCGCGGUCGGCGCUCGAGGCCGUCGCGGGCCGCGUCGGCGCGCCGGCCGUCCAGGAGGCGCUGGAGGCGUGCGAUGCGGCCGUCUUGGGGCAGUUGGGGUUGGCGGCUAGUCCGCGGUAG